AGCCAUGCGUCGCAGAGCCGGUCGGUCUCGGCCGGCAAGGUCCGUUGCAGCUCCGGUGGCCGUAGCGGGCGUCGUCCUGUUAGUGCUCGCCUCGUCGCCGCUGUCGCGUGCGGAAGCCAUGACGGCGGCAGACGGCGGUGGAUCCGUCACCGCCGCACCGUCCUACAGCAACCGCACCCUGCUGGGCGGGGGCUCGGUUACGCAGCAACCGGCCAACAGGGCGGCGCUCAUGGCGACCGCACUACCGGCCACGCUGGGACUCGGCGGCAUCCUGUACGGACUGACGGUGCUGCCGGCGCUGCUGGCGCUCUUCGGGAGCGGAGGAGCCUUCCCGCUCACGGGAUUCCUGGGCAGCCUUUUCAGGGAAAAGAGCAUGCGCAGGUCCUCUUCGGGUGAUGGUGCCAGCGCCAAGAAGGACUCCGGCAGCUUGCUGGCCGUCCUCCAGGAGGCGCUGCAGCGGUGGGACGGCGCGUCCGAAGCCUGUCGCAGCAUGUUCGUCUGUCAGGUGGCCAAGGAGGCCCUCGGUGCAGGAUACCUACCCGACAUGAGGCCCUUCGACGGCGUCUUCCAGCUCUUCUUAGGGGACUACGGGAAGUCGGCGUCCACCAGCAAAGACGCGAAGGCAAUGUUUCCGCACCAGGCGUUCUUUCACGCGAUGCGAGACGGCUUCCGCGGUUGCAAGGCCAAGUACGACUGCGACGCCCCGCUCCAGCCACCACGUUACCCGCGCACCAGGAAACCAUGACGCCCCGUGUCUGUCACUCACCAUCAUCACUAUCGCCUCCAUCCGUGGUAGAAGAGGGAGAGUGUGUGCACGCUAUUUAUUCACCGAAGCGCCGUUCCUGCUUACCUGUUUUGUUUUUCUUGCCCUCCUCCCUGGAUCAUAUGAAGAAGUCAUCAAUGUCAUAAUUUGACGUGGACCUGAAUAAAAAGAAGACAAGGAAGAAGAAAAGAAAACGAGCAUUGCGGGGUAAUUGAUGCAAUCAAGAUGUUGUCUUUCAAAUAAGCUUAAAAAUACAGUAUCCUUACUUGUAGUCGUUCUCUGAACUGCGGAUGUGUUUGUGUGCAACUAUUUGGACAAGAAACGCGCUAUGAUAAUAUCCCUAUUAUUCGACACAUAAAGAAAAAGUUUGUAAGGAAACGAAAGUAAUCCAACCAAAGGUGCAUGAUACUCAUUAAAUGUAAGUAUGUCUAAAAUGUAGUUGAGGCCGGAGGGUGAGUACAAAAGUAUUUAGGAGCUGACCCCUGGAAAUAAAAUCACGGUAUAUCAAUGCUACUUUUCAAUGUUGCACUGAUGAAACUCCCUGAGAGAUUGUUCGGUGUAACGGGACUCAAUCAUGCCAUUUACGCAGACGAUAUUACAUUCUGG